AUGGCGGCGCCAGCUCCAAGAAAUCGCAGCGCUGCCGCUGAGCCUGCGGCACCGCGCCAGUUCAAGAAGCACAGGGUGCUGCCUCGGCCGGUGAUUGAUCAGGCGCACGACGGCUCCAGGCGCAAGGCGCAUCUAACUAGCGGAACGCUGGCGCCCAGAAGUUCGACGCCUCACCCGAUGCUAAGCUCAACGCCUCGCCCCGUUAUGAGCUCCCAGCCCUUGAAGCCCCAGCUCAGAAGAAUAGGCACCGGGCCCGAUCUGCCUCCAACGCCACCCGCGCUGUCAAACGCAUCCUCCAGCGGCCAGUCCGCCACGCCAUCGAGUCCGACGAGCACAGAGAACAGCAUUGGGCUGCCGCAUGUCGUCGCGAACCGACCGCCGGCCACGCCCCCCGACCAGCGCGGCCCCCCGACGCCAGAAGUCACCCCGCCGCAUCCCGCAAACGUCGCCAAGAUGCAGCGCCCGAGCGUCAGGGGUCGUAUGGCUUCGGAAAGCACUAAUGGGCCGUCGUCAAGGGCCGAGUCCUUCAUCACCGCUCGCGAGGAACCGACCUCUUCAGAAGAUGAGGGUGGGAGACCAGCUGGCUGGCCUCGCCGAGUUUCUACGACUUCGCAAAUCACCAUCACUCGUUCUGAUAAGACCAAUGUUGCCUAUGAGGCACGACCAACGACUCCUGCAGAUAGGAUGGCAACGAAGGAUGUGGCGCCAGAGGGAGAGGAUCAGACACCAAAAGCGAAAGGCAAAGGAGCUGGAUCUGUUGGCACACAGAACCCUACUGUUGAAGCUGUACAUCCGCAGGAUGCCCAUGUGAUGACGCCACAGAAGCACCAGCAUCAACGCCGAUCGCCGGGAGUGCCACGUCCAAUCCUACACCAUGAUCGCGAUCCCGUCGUCAAGGAUAAAGAGUCCAUUGCUCCUACAGAUGCGACGCAAGCUGUGCGCAAAAUGCAACUUCAAGAGGCCGCACCUGUAACCUCAUCCUCGAAGAGACACGACGAUCAAAAGCCCGUCCAGCUGGCUCACCCACAAGUAGAAGCUACAGCAAAGCGAAAUGCACGGCCGCUAAGCACGUCUAGCCAGUCGACUGUUGUCGAAGUACUUUUAGUAGAUGAACGUCCGAAAAGACAAAGAGCUCUGCGUCAUAUGCGAAAGCAAAGUACGUUGAGAGAUGUUACUGAUAACAGGGAAGAUGCUGGCUCGGUUGUCAAGAGCGAAGACACAAAUGAGACCCAAAAAGCUCCAGAAGCUGCACAAAAUUUGAAACCAGAAACCUAUGAUCGCGAGAGCCAUGUGUCCACUGUGACAUAUUCGACAAACAGAUCUAUAUCUAGCAGAAGCGCGAGACAGGAGAUAUGGCGAAGUGGCGCUAUUCCGGUAGUUAUAGUGCCCAGCCGACGAUCUUCUAGGGGUCCCAAGAGCAAGGAGCCUUCUCUUCGAUCGACGUCUAGUAGGCAUUCGGACAAGGCAAAGAGCACAAAGAGCACUCACUCUGCGCCUGCUCCGGAUCCCGCGCCCUCUAGGAGCUCUGGCCCUGUCUUUGAGCGACCUGGUCGCCGGAGUCGAGCAUUUUCCGAAUCUGAUGGCUCUGUCAGGACAAUUGACUUUCCUCCAGUGAUUCCCGCGCGAUCUUCGUCGCUCUCUGCUCCGACUAGUCGAAACGUUUCCAGAGCUGGAUCAGUCAAAGCUGGAUCAAUUACAGCUGGAUCAAUCAAAGCUGGGUCAAUUAAAGCUGAUUCAAUUAAAGCUGGAUCGAUCAAUACUAGCAGUGUCAAAGUUCACUGCACCUCGAUUGAGCAACAGUCCGACCGCCAUUUGAGCCAGGAAGUGCACGUUAUCUGCCCCAGCACGCCUUCAUUAGAACCAUUGACCCCUACUUCCCCGGAAAUGAAAAAUUUGGGGAGGGAAGAGACCUUUGACAGCCUUGGCUUUAGACAACACGACGACGUGUUGUCUGUAAAAAGGAUUCCACUGCGAAACACUCCGUUCUCAGUUGCAUCAAUGGAGACGUGUGCAACAGCUCCAGAGCUCUCAGAAGCUCUUGCUGUCCACAUGUUUCCCCAUCAAAACUCAUCGGUCCUCAUGGUUGAUCAUUCGAAUCGACCAUCAGAGGUUCUCAUGGCGAAGCGGAUGUCCAGUCCAUCUAUACUUAUGGCGAACUCUGAAGAGAUGAUACCCGUCACCCCUCCUCGGAAAAGAUUCUCAUCACUCGAGGUGGAUUCUCCUUUGCGCAACCCGCGAGCUCCUCCCCAGCCGCCAAAACAGCCACCUGAACACCCGCCUGCGAUCAAUUUUAUUCCUGCUACGCCGUCGGGAAUGACACCUGCGGCUGAACGACUCAUCCUUCAAGGAAAUUACUUUGAGUCGCUGAAAGAAAAACCUCCCCGGCGACCUUCUAUCGUUAGAAGAGCGCUCAGCCGACGUCGCCAUUCGAUAGCCUAUGUGCCAAGCUCGAGAGGAGGCUUUCUUGCGAGAACAUUUUCCAUGUCGCGCAGGAACCGUGACGAUAGCGACAUUUCUCUUUAUAAAGACAAUGAUAAGCCGAGCGAGGAGGACAAGCUCCAUCCAAAUUGGCGCCCGCAGUGGAUUAGUGACACAGACUCCGAGCCCAUGGAUGAUGACGACUACGAAAAUGACGAUUACGAUGAUCGCUAUGAGCGUGAUGAUGAAGUCUAUCGAUACCCUCCUGUGGAUAAUCGUCCGCGUAGACGGACAACGAGCUUCAGCCAAAAAGUGAAGCAGACAUUUACAAUUCUGCCAUCACGAGAGUAUCACGUUGAUGACGUGCAUGGACCUCAACGACGUACAAUUCGACGAACUUCCAGCGGAAAUUUGCGGAUCGUACGCCGCGUCAGUAUUGGAUCACUGAGGCAACGUCCAGGCCGAAGUGGAAACGAGAGACAUACUGUGAACGGAGAACCUCGCACACGCUUCUGGCGAAACAGUAACACUGGCCGAAGCAGUACACGGCGGUUUUCUAUUGGGGGCAAAUUGGAAGAUAUUCAGAGCAUUCCUCACAAGAUAAGCGAGAGAAGGCGUGAGAAACGAUCACAGAGACUCAGACAGAUGAUUAGCGGACCGAAAGUAGUCCGAGACGGUGUUGGCGAAGUCAUCAGACGCUAA